AUCUUCCUCACUCGAUUAGUAGGUUCUCUCUUCUUCCAAUCUAUUCCCAACUUCUCACUUUUCCGUCUAAUCGUUGUCUUCAUCACCAUCUCUCCGAGUUCCCUUCGAGACCAUCUUAUCUUCAAUGGUUUAGAAAUGUUUUAUCUUAGCGAGCUAGAACAUUCACUAAGAGUGCCUCCGCAUCUACUUAAUCUCCCUCUCGAAGAUGCCAUUAAGUCAGUGCUUCAAAAUGUGUUCUUGGACAAGGUUUUAGCUGAUUUGGGGCUUUGUGUAUCUAUUUACGACAUUAAAUCAGUAGAAGGAGGGUUUGUGUUACCCGGUGAUGGUGCUGCGACCUAUAAGGUAGGUCUUAGAAUUGUUGUGUUCCGUCCAUUUGUUGGUGAGGUCAUAGCUGCAAAGUUCAAAGAAUCUGACGCCAAUGGCUUGCGCUUAACACUUGGAUUCUUUGACGAUAUUUAUGUGCCUGCUCCACUUAUGCCGAAACCCAACCGCUGUGAGCCUGACCCUUAUAAUAGGAAGCAAAUGAUAUGGGUGUGGGAAUAUGGAGAACCGAAAGAAGACUAUAUUGUUGACGAUGCCUGUCAGAUCAAGUUUCGAGUAGAGAGCAUCAGCUAUCCAUCAGUUCCAACUGAGCGAGCAGAGGACGCAAAGCCUUUUGCUCCAAUGGUGGUCACUGUAAGUUCAUUCAUCAAACUCAUUCUCUGAAACUUUUCCACUUGUAUAUGCAUUAUAAACAACGCUAGUUAAGUAAGGUCAGAUAAGCCUCCUGAUUCCCUCCUCUCUUAUAGAUACUUAACUUUUAUUUUGAGACACCAUGAUUUUUUGUUUUGGUUUUCCUACGUCGGUCCAGUGGUCAAUCAAUCUUGUGUACUGCGCAGGGGAAUAUGGAUGAUGAUGGUUUGGGUCCUGUUUCUUGGUGGGAUUCUUAUGAACAGGUUGAUCAAGAAGAGUGAGUGACCGAAACAGGUGGGAUUCUUAUGAACAGGUUGAUCAAGAAGGGUGAGAGACCGAGACUUAGUCUAGGCAUUGUCAGAUGAAAUUUUAACAGAUGAUGAUCAAGCCAGUUUUGAUGAAAACUUAAAAUUUAUUUUAAACUAUGCACGGGUUUUCACUAAGAUAGGGACGUUCAAUUUUGUUUAUCUGUAAUGUAAAAAGGCAAUGACACAAAUUAGGAAGAUUAAAAACCAAAAAAAAAUCGAUAAAUUACAAGAGUUGUGAUGGAUGAUGGAGUUGGGUGAGGAGUUGAUGUAUGUCAGGAGCAUGUUGAUCAUCUGCACGGAUGCGAUCAGGUUGAAUCCAACGGCCGUCAGUGUUCCUCACCAUCCCUUUGUUUGCGUCUUGGCGCCAAUAAGGAGGGACCAUGAAAUGGUCUUUCAAAAAAUCAGAUGCUUUGUUCACUAACGCUGGAUCUCUCCCACUUGAUAACACAAAUCUCUGUCCUUUCCCAUGAUA